AUGCAUGAGAUUAUAUCGAUUCAUGUAGGACAAUGUGGAAUACAAUUAGGAAAUGCAUGUUGGGAAUUAUUUUGCUUAGAGCAUGGUGUUAAACCUGAUGGCUUAAUGAAACACCCACCAGCGGAUGAAUUAUAUACAACAUUCUUUUCUGAAGCUUCUAAAAAUAAAUAUAUACCGAGAUCAAUUUUUGUAGACUUAGAACCGACUGUUGGGGAUGAAGUUCGUACAGAAGAUAUAAAUGAUGACAGUAAUACUGGUUAUCAUAUUGCAAAAUAUAUAAACACAAAUCAAUAA